AUGGCUCCUAGACUUCCUCCUCCACCACAGCCUAACGAGUCUGACGCUACUAAUAAUGCCAGACUGCUGGAGACAGUCAUCGAUAGGCUGCAACAACAGAAUACGACCCUAAUAGAGCAGAACGCCGCCUUGAUGAGGCAAAAUCAGGAAGCCAUGCAGAGUUUGGAGGCUUCGCGCGUCAACUCUGAAGCGACGCAGAGACAAUUGAUGGAUAUUCUGGCCGCUACCAAAGGCACACCAGGAGCCUCUUCUUCUAAUACUGCACAUCAUGCCGAGUGGAGCUUGGAAAGCUUCUUGCAACAUCACCCUGCCAAGUUCCAUGGAAAGGGGCUUCCGGAUGAAGCGGAUCAAUGGCUAAGGGACAUGGAGAGAAUUUAUGAUGCCAAAAGGUGCCCAGACGACAGCCGUUUGGCAUUUACCGAAUACUUGUUAACGGGAGAAGCUAGCCAUUGGUGGUCAAGUGUGAAGAUGUUGUUGACUGAAGCUCAAAGUCCCAUCUCUUGGGAAGUGUUUAGGACCAAAUUCUAUGAAGAAUAUUUCCCGGACAGUGUGCGGUUUGCAAAGGAGGUGGAGUUCCUUCAAUUGAUUCAGGGUAGUAUGUCCGUCUCGGAGUACACCAACAAAUUUAAACACCUGGUCCGUUUUAAUACCAUGGCAACAAAUGAAGAAUGGCAAUGCAGGAAGUUUGAGAACGGACUGAGGAGUGACUUGAAAGUGUUAAUAUCCUGCCUGUGCAUUAGGUCGUUCCCUGCUAUGGUUGAAAGAGCAAAGGUACUGGAGAAAAAUGUUGCUGAGGCCGAGCAACAGAAGAAACAGCAAGUGAUUAGGGGGCCGGUUUUAUCCAGAGGUGCAACGAACGUGAGAAGGUCCCCAUACGUUCGUCCAGCUCAAUCUCCUAGCGGAUCACAAGCCUUAGUCACUGUCGGCCAAUCUGGACAGCCAAGGAGCUUGACUUGUUAUCAGUGUGGAGGACCGCACUAUCGGUGGGCUUGUCCACAGUUAUCAGGAGGAAAAUAUUGUACUCGUUGCAGGCAGAAUGGGCACUUGGAGAACGAGUGCAAUAUGGGAGGACGUGCGGCAAUGAGGCCGCCGAACGCUGGAAGAGCCCAACAAGGAAGAGGUGGACGUGCGCAAGCUACAGGAAGAGUUUAUGCAAUCACGGGUGCUGAAGCUGCUCGUUCAGGUACACUCAUCACCAGCACUUGCUUAUUGUAUGGAAAGCCUUGCGGUGUGCUGUAUGAUUCGGGGGCAACUCAUUCCUUCAUCUCGAAGGAGUGCGUUGAGAAACUGGGGUUAGUGGAGAGUGAAUUACAGUUCGACUUGGUGGUGUCAACCCCAGCGGCUGGUGGGAUCAAGACGUCUACAAUUUGUGUAAGAUGUCCGAUAGAAGUUGAGGGGCGUAGAUUUAAGGUUAACCUCAUUUGUUUACCCCUUCAAGACUUAGAAGUAAUUUUGGGGAUGGAUUGGUUGGCUACCAAUCGGAUUCUCAUUGAUUGUGGGAAGAAGGAGUUAGUCUUCCCAGGUGAAGAAGAGGAGGAGUUAUCUGUUGAUCGCGGUCAGUUGAAGGAGGACAUCAUGGAAGGAGCGAGCUGUUUUCUGAUCAUGACGUAUGAAGACAACGAAGUGGAGCGUUCGUCCAAUGAUGAAAGCAGUGGAGGACGAACGGUAGUGGAUGACUUUCCGGACGUCUUUCCGGAUGAAGUCCCUGGUCUACCUCCCGUUCGUGAGGUCGAAUUCACGAUCGACCUGGUGACAACUGCUGCACCCAUCUCGGUUCAACCUUAUAGGAUGGCACCAGCCGAGUUGGCCGAGCUAAAAAUGCAGAUUGAAGAAUUGAUGGAUAAGAAGUUCAUCAGGCCGAGCGUUUCACCAUGGGGAGCACCUGUGUUGUUGGUCAAGAAGAAGGAUGGCAGCUCUCGGCUCUGCAUUGAUUAUAGGCAACUUAAUAAGCUGACCAUCAAGAACAAGUAUCCACUGCCAAGGAUAGACGACCUACUGGAUCAGUUGCAAGGUGCGUGCGUGUUUUCAAAGAUUGAUCUACGUUCGGGCUAUCAUCAAAUUAGAGUGAAGGAGAGAGAUAUUCAUAAGACUGCAUUUCGGUCUCGUUAUGGUCAUUAUGAAUACGUGGUGAUGCCCUUUGGGGUGACGAACGCACCUGCAAUCUUCAUGGAUUAUAUGAACCGGAUCUUCAGACCGUACCUGGACAAAUUUGUAGUGGUGUUUAUUGAUGACAUCCUUAUCUAUUCCAAGAGCUUUGAUGAGCAUGAAGACCACUUGAGAAUCGUGUUGAGCGUGUUGAGGGAAAAAGAAUUGUAUGCCAAGCGUUCAAAGUGUGAAUUCUGGAUGAAGGAAAUCCAAUUCUUGGGGCACGUCGUUUCUGCAGGUGGUAUUGCAGUGGAUCCAGCCAAGGUGAAAGCAGUGCUGGAUUGGGAGAGCCCACGUUCGGUCACAGAGGUUAGAAGCUUCGUGGGGCUCGCGGGCUACUAUAGGCGGUUCAUUGAGGGAUUCUCUAAGAUAGUAGCCCCUCUGACUUAUCUCACCAGGAAGGAUCAGCCGUUCGCCUGGACUGAUCGUUGUGAGGAGAGCUUCCAGGAAUUGAAGAAGAAAUUGACGAGCGCCCCAGUGUUGGUCAUUCCAGACACGGCCAAACCUUUUGAGGUGUAUUGUGAUGCGUCGUAUCAAGGUUUGGGUUGCGUAUUGAUGCAGGAAAGGAAGGUAGUGGCGUACGCUUCUAGGCAAUUGAAGGUCCACGAGAAGAAUUACCCCACACACGACUUAGAGUUGGCAGCAGUCGUGUUUGCACUUAAGAUUUGGAGGCAUCAUCUGAGGUGGCUUGAAUUCUUGAAAGACUAUGAGUUCGAGCUGUUGUAUCAUCCUGGAAAAGCUAAUGUGGUGGCGGACGCUUUGAGUAGGAGGACAGUAAGGGUCUCGGCAAUGAUGGUGAAAGAGCUGAGCUUGGUGGAAAGUUUUAGAGAUCUAAGGUUGCAGUUCGACUUAGGAGCGAACGUUAUUAGAUGCUGUACCCUUAGACUUUCCAGUGAUGUGUUUGAUCGGAUUAGAGUGAAACAGCGUGAAGAUGAAGAAUUGGCAAAGAUAUUGAGUACGCUCGGCACAGAUCAGGCUAAGGGAUUCAAUAUUGGAACGGACGAUUUACUGCGCUAUAUGGAUAGAACGUGCGUUCCAAACGACGGCGAACUGAAGAGAAUCAUCCUGGAGGAAGGACAUCACAGCCCGUGCAAAGGCCGAACACCAAAGACCAGGUGGAUUGCUGCAGCCAUUGGAGAUUCCAGAAUGGAAGUGGGAUAG